CAUCCGGUAGACGCAGAAAGAGAAAGCGGAAGAGGUGGGGCGAGCGGCCAAGAGCUUCCGCAGUGGGCUUUCCGGAGACUGAAGGUGCGUGCGAGGACGUUUGGGGCGCUCCUCCAGGCUUCAGGCUCUGUGCGGCUGGUCUGUGCAGAGAGCACAGCCUCAGGGUCACGCGUCGCUGCGCCAUGGUCCACCUCACAACCUUUCUUUGCAAAGCUUACCGUGGGGGCCACCUAACCAUCCGCCUCGCCUUGGGUGGCUGCACCAACCGGCCCUUUUACCGCAUCGUGGCUGCUCACAACAAGUGUCCCAGGGAUGGCCGCUUCGUGGAGCAGCUGGGCUCCUUCGAUCCGCUGCCCAACAGUAACGGAGAAAAACUGGUUGCCCUCAACCUGAACCGGAUCCGGUAUUGGAUUGGCUGUGGGGCUCACCUCUCUAAGCCUAUGGAGAAACUUCUGGGUCUUUCUGGCUUUUAUCCCCUGCAUCCAAUGAUGAUCACAAAUGCUGAGAGACUUCGGAGGAAGAGAGCUCAAGAAGCCCUCUUAGCAUCGCAGAAAACAGAAUCGGAGCCUGGAGAAAUGGAAGCAAGCUGAUGUCAGUGCACACCGUUAUGGCUGCAAGGCCAAGGGGCCUUCACAACUCUUGCGCAGAGCUUUCUUUUGGGUUUGAGGAUCAAUAAAUGGAGGUUUUCAAGUCCCAGUCUUCCAGCAUAACCUGAGCAGGAAUUAGACAGAGGUUUGUUGUCUGACAUUAGAGCUGCUAGGCCUCCUGCCUUACCUGUGAGUCAGUGGGUGUGGGGAGGUUUUGGGAUUAGGCCCUGGUCACAUUGGGCAGUUUUACAAUCUGCUGCCUUUUAGUCCUUUCCUGUGUCAAAGCCCUCAACCAGAAUGUGCUUUGCCCAUUCAAACGCUUUCUUUAAGACAGGGUCUUGCUCUGCAACCCUGACUGGUGUGGAGCUUGUUAUAUGUGUUAUGUAGAUCAGACUUUAGCUUGCAGCCUCUUGACCCUGUCUCCUGAGUGCUGAGAUUACAGGUAGAGUUACUAUUGCCUGGCCCCAAUGCUUUCUUUAUCACUUGGAAUCAUCCCAAAACUCAAGAAGUUACCUUGUUUUUUGUUUGUAUUAGUGAAGAUUUAUAUUGUUUUCUUGACAUAUGAUCUCAGGUUUACACAAAUGGGCUGUAAAAAUUGCUUUGGGGUUUUAAUAACUUUUGUUUUUGUUUUUUAGAGGUAGGUUUUCUCUCUGACAGUUCAGGUUGUCCUGGAACUCAGAUCUGCCUGCCUCUGCCUGCCAAAUAAAUACUGGGCUUAAAGGCGUGCACCGCUACCUUUUAAGAGAGUAGUUACAAGGAAGCUAAUACAAAGCCCCUUCGUAUAGCCAGCUCUGUACUGAGAAAUUGCUUGUGUAUUCAAGUAUUACAACUCUAGUUCAAUUAUAUCCAUGUUCACAGAUGAGAGAGGCUGUCCCUCAACAGUAGGAAACUUUUAUAGACUCCAUAUGUCCUACAAAGUCUUCCUACAUACAUUGUUUCCUAUAUGAGGGGAAAAGUAGUGAUAAGGGGGCUUUUCUGUGGAGAUGGCUCCAGGGGUAAAAGUGCUUUGCCAUGUAGUUCUGAGAUCCUGAAUUCAAAUCCGUAGAACUCAUGUAACAGGAAGUGGAAGAGUCUGCAGUAGCAGCAUCCUACAGGAACAUGGAUGGGAGGGAAAGACACAGGCCAGCCGGUGUGCACAGUGGAAAAACAAGGAGGCCACCCUGUCUCAAGAAAGGUCCAAAGUAAAGUUGGCAGCUGUGGUCUUCCUCUGGCUUCCACACAUGCACUGUAGCAGGCACAUACCCACCUAACUCACACACACACAUCAUACACAGAAGACAGUCAGUGAUAGAAGUGUUGUGCUUAGGCAUCCUGAGUUUGGUAUGUAAAUGAGAGGCCUAUGAAAUCAAAUCUAACAUGUGCUUCACCAGAACAGUAGGACUCUAUAGCUACUCGCAUGAAUUGUUGAAGGGACACUGGCCUACUCGAGCAUGUAGCUCUGGCAGGCCUUGCCCUUCUCCCCAGUUCCCUCUACCUUGCUAAAAACCAUUAGAUUAAAUCCCUAAAGUUAGCCACCAGCAUUUAUUCCUUAUUUGACUAUUUCAUCCUCCUGAGGCUAACAGGUCCAGCUAUCCAAGUGUUAAAAGUCCAGCAAUCAAAAACCCCCUUUGGUUUACCCAACUAACAUGCCCAAUCAGUAUACACCACGACAUCCAAACGCAGACCUCCCGUUUUUCUCAAGGUCAUUUGCUACUGUUUGCUGCCUGAGUCUUGAAGCAGCCACUUUUUCUUCCCACUUAAUAAAGGAUCUUUCUGGAAAA